AAGUAUGUAUGUAUGUAUAAAUAAAUUCAAAUAUUUGUUGUUAAAUAUAAUAAAUAAUAAUCCAACAAAUUAACAAUAUGGGAGGAUUAUUUACAAAAACUAAAAAACCCCAAAGUAGAGUAACAGAACAGGACAAAGCAGUUUUACAACUUAAACAGCAAAGAGAUCGAUUAAAACAAUACCAAAAACGUAUUGAGUUGUCUUUGGAAAAUGAUAGACAAUUAGCUAGAAAAUGUCUAUCGCAAGGAAGAAAAGAGCGGGCAAAAUUGCUUUUACGCAAGAAAAAAUUUCAGGAAAAUCUACUUUCAAAUACUGAUAAACAAUUAGAAAAUCUUGAAAAACUUGCCGCUGACAUUGAGUUUGCCCAGGUUGAGAUUCAAGUAUUAGAUGGUCUUAAGCAAGGCAAUGCAGCCCUGAAGAAAAUGCAUGACAUAUUAGAUAUUAAUGAAAUUGAGAAAAUAAUGGAUGAGACUCGAGAAGGAAUUGAGAAACAACAAGAAAUCGACUCAAUACUAUCGGAUGCAUUGACACAAGAAGAUGAAGAUGAUGUAUUAGCAGAAUUAGAUGCUUUAGUAGCUGAAAAAGACGAGACUACAGCUGAAAUAAAACUGCCAGAAGUCCCCACAGAUGCUCUACCUGAGAGUGCGAAUGAGGAUAUAACCGAAGGAGAAAACCUGACUAAGGAAGUUAAAACAAAAGAAAAACCUGCUAAAGUUUUAUUAGAAGCUUAAGUAAAUUACGCAAUUGAAUAACUUUUUUUUUUAACAAAUAGUGAUGAUUAAUCUUUGUUGUUUUCUAGAUUAAUCAUUAUUGUGUGGCAUAAUUUUAGAUUAAGUCCGUGUAUAUUUUAAAAUAAUUUGAUGUAUAUAUUUUAAUGUACUGCUUUGUAUAUUAUCAGUCUCUUCGUUUGUACCACUGAACAUCGUAUGUACGAUCGAACAUUUCUAACAUUUAUUUUUCAAGUACAAUAGUACCUGAACGAAUAGGCUGCUAAUUAGUAAAAAAAAGUUAAAAUGAAAUAUAAAAAUAAAGUUUUUUAUAAAAAGUU